AUGACGAGUAAUCCAACAGGCAAUGCCUCGAUCGAGUCGCAAUUAGAUUGUGCACUCGAUUUAAUGAGACGCUUACCACCGCAACAAGUGGAAAAGAAUCUUUCGGAUCUCAUCGAUCUCGUACCCGAUUUAACUGAAGAACUUCUAGCUGCUGUUGACCAGCCACUCAAAGUUGUUCGUGAUCGAACUGUAGGCAAAGAUUAUUUAUUAUGUGAUUACAAUCGAGAUGGCGAUUCAUACCGAUCUCCUUGGACGAACACGUACACACCACCAUUCGACGGUAACCUUCCAUCAGACCGUCUUCGUCAACUUGAAAUCGAAGCCAAUCAAGCAUUCGAACAAUACCGGGAAAUGUACUACGAAGGCGGAGUGUCCUCGGUUUACUUCUGGGAUCUUGAAAAUGGGUUCGCUGGUGUUAUCCUAAUCAAAAAAGUUGGUGAUGGUAGCAAAAAAAUCAAAGGUUGUUGGGACUCGAUACACGUCGUCGAAGUUCAGGAGAAACAAAGUGGUCGAUCGGCACACUAUAAACUGACUUCGACCGUCAUGCUUUGGUUACAAACCCAUAAGACAAUGUCUGGCAUGAUGAAUCUAGGUGGAAGUUUAACCCGACAAUUAGAAGCUGAUCACCAAAUAACAGAUUUCACUCAGCAUAUCAUUAACAUCGGUCGAAUGGUUGAAGAUAUGGAAAAUAAGAUUCGACAGACGCUGAAUUCGAUCUACUUCGGCAAAACGAAAGAUAUCUUGAAUAGUUUACGUAAUUCAGAGAACUUUCAAGGUCGUGUCCGUUUACAACAAGCGAAUUUUACGGGUGAAUUGCAAUCUGCACUGAAUCGUACGCGACCAGUGGAAUAG